AACAGCGAGUUCGACCUUGAGAACGAACGUAGUGUCCUUCGUCGGUUGCUGAGUUUCAGGGUUCAGGUACCAUUUACCAAGGUCGUCAUUUACAAACAUCAUAUGUUAUCUUCACCAUUAGGGUUUAAUGUCCAAAGAAAUGUAAAGAUAAAAUCAAUUUACCAGGUUAUUGGUAUCUUGGUUGGAGUAUGCUUCCAUAUAUUUUAUAUCACAGUGCGAGAUGUAGGGACUGCAGUUUGUUGUUCAUUUUCAAUUCUGUUUGGGUCUGUUGGACUAUAUGUCGACAUACAGUUACUCAGAGGACACUGGAGAGUAUGGCCAUGUAUCCUUCGACGGUACAUGUGGCUGGGUAUAGUUGGGUCAAUUCUCUCUUUAGCGGUGCUUCUGGGGAAUUUAUACAAUGAAAUGAAAAACCGUCGUAAGUUAGCAAUUAGACUAAUAUAUCUUAGAAAUGUCAUCUUUUCGGUCGGAUUUAUGGUCGUUGUCGUCCCUACACUGGUCUGCUAUCCUAGCAUGGACAUCUUGGAAGUACCAUGUUCUGCUAACAGAUGUUUAUACGCUAUCAAAAGGUCACAGUUAGUGUCUUUUCCGUUCGCUUUAGUGCGAGAUAAUUACCUUAUUAAAACUACUGGAACUUUAUUUAUACAUAUAGUUAAAUUUUACCAUACGUAUAUGGUGAAAUCUGACAACUUAAAUUACUUUGUUUUAUAUGGACGUUUAAUUGUACCAGUAAACAUGUUACCUGCCUUAAAUUCACAUACCUGCUUUUUCACCUUUUGCACUUGAUCAAAUUUUAAAAAAAUUAAGACCCUUAAUCUUGAAGUGAUUUUUUCCAACACACGGCCUAUUUCAGUAAAUGAACAAAACGGCAGUUAUCUUAUGUCGAUGAUGCAACGUCUAUUGGAGACCUGAUUUCACGUUAGAGGUAUCAGUGAAAGACGAUUCGUGGUGUAGUAGUGUGUUUCAGUAGUCUACAACUCGGUGGAACGCGAACUACUAGACGUCAACACUCCACUCCAGAUUAAUAAGGGAAUUGGAAUUAAGAAGUCUCAGGAAAAGACAACAUGCGUAUCUACUCUCAGCCCAGACGUUUAGAACGAUGAGCGAAAUAUUUCAAGGAGCAGUUUAGCUGACAUUCAGCCACUCUACGACUGCCCAUAAUUUCAAAACAACCUGAAUGGAAUGUUGAAGUAGGUCCCGCGACUCUAGCAGAAGUUCGAAAGGCUGUAGCUAAUCUCAAACGAGGAAGGACAACUGGUGAAAGGUAGAGUUUCCCGGUAGCACUGAGCAACAAUGCCAGGAUGUUUGGGAUGUGUUUCU